AUGCUAGCAAUUGCCAUUGGUUUUCUUGCGGUGUGGGCGACUGCCCUUGCAGCUCCUACGCUAGGGUCGGCGCCUACAGUACAAGUUCGCAAUGGAACCUACACAGGCAUUCACGACACAAAUUAUAACCAGGAUUACUUUCUGGGUAUACCCUAUGCCCAGCAGCCUAUUGGGAACUUGCGAUUCACGGUGCCUCAGUCGCUCAACGAGAGUUGGGACGGUUCGCGCGACGCCAAGGCUUAUUCGGAUAUCUGUGUCGGCUAUGGAACCGAUUCGAUUUGGUAUCCUCAGAGUGAGGCCUGCUUAACCCUCAAUGUCAUCCGGAGCGCCUCCGCUACAAAGGGCUCGAAGCUACCAGUGGGUGUCUGGAUUCACGGCGGUGGUUUUUUCGAGGGAUCCGGAAGAGACGAGCGCUAUAACAUGUCGCGUAUUGUAGAGAAUGCCUCCAAGAUCGGAAAACCAUUUAUCGCUGUCAGCAUCAACUACAGACUCUCGGCCUGGGGCUUCAUCAGCUCCAGCGAGCUCGCCGGCAGCGGCAAUACCAACCUCGGCCUCCGGGAUCAACGGCUUGCUCUGCAAUGGAUCCAGGAGAACAUUGAAGCCUUUGGCGGAGACCCGACCAAGGUAACUAUCUGGGGCGAAUCCGCCGGCGCCAUGUCGGUGGGCUACCAUCUCACAGCAUACGGCGGACGAGACGACAGGCUCUUCCGGGCAGGGAUCCUGGAAUCCGGAGCCCCGAUUGCGGCCGGGCCGUCGAACUAUACCACCUACCAGUCCAGCUAUGACGAGAUCGUGGCUGCGGUGAACUGCACCAACACCGUGGACACGCUGCAGUGCUUGCGAGAAGUUCCGUUUGCCCGUCUCAACUCUGUUUUCAACGGGACCUACGGGUCGCCUAAGUACAACUUUGGGCCGGUGGUAGAUGGUGAUUUCAUUCGUGAUUGGGGUAGUAUCCAGCUGGAUAAACAUGAAUUUGUCAAGGUGCCUGUCCUGGCUGGGUCUAAUACCGAUGAAGGAACGGCGUUUGGUCCAACCGGGAUCAACACGACCGAGGAGUGGUAUGACUACCUGACUGGUAUGGCUCUCCCACGGAAGAACCGGGGGGCAUUCAACUUCGCAACCCCACCCACCGUCGCAAACCAAAUCCUCAAACUCUACCCCGACAUCCCUUCGGAGGGCAUCCCGGCCUUCCUCGGCGACACUCGCGUCCCCUCGCAAGGCUAUCAAUGGCGCCGAACGAGCGCCUUCGCCGGCGACUUCACCAUGCACGCAAACCGCCGCCGCCAAUGCGAGGUCUGGGCUGAGACGUCUACGCCCGCAUACUGCUACCGCUUCAAUGUGCACGCCGCCGACGUUCCGCUGCUGUACGGCGUGACGCACUUCGAAGAAGUGUCGUUUGUGUUCAACAACAUCGCCGGGCUGGGGUACCACUACGGCAAGCCGUUUGCCGGGGUGCCGCAGUCCUAUAUCAACCUCAGCUCGAUGAUGACGAGUAUGUGGGCCUCGUUCAUCCAUGACCUGGACCCCAAUUCAGGCGUCAAUAAGUCGGUGCAUUGGGCUGCCUACCAGCGGGAUUCACCCAUGGAUCUGGUGCUGGAUGCAAACACCACCAGCCAUAUGGAAGCUGACACCUGGCGCAAGGAGGGGAUCGAUUAUAUCAAUUCAGUGGCCAAGGCUUUUUGGCGCUGA